ACAUCCGUAGAUGUAAACACGGCUUAAUUUCAUACUGAAUGUGUCUAAUGUGUCUAUGCCUUAUUUUUAUGGUUAAUGUUGGCAACACUAAAUUUUAUAUCUCUCUUCCUCAUCACACUCUCACCAACUCGUACUGGUUUUUGUAAAUAUUGUGUUUUUAUAAAUAAAAGUCAAGAUUAAAGUACAAAAUCUUAUUAUUUGUAUGUUCCACGAACAUAAAUGGUGCCGAAACUCUAUAAACAAGCUUCGACAAUAAACUUCGAGCAACGAAACCACACCUUCGCCGGCCGGCAAGAAAAGUAAGCUGAUUUCACUGCAUAUUGCUGAACAUACACUUGCACAAGAAUAAAUAAAUCGAAGGCCAAUCAAUACACUAUUGUGCCAUAUUGAUUUGCAAGUCGCAGUAGCCAAAAGUGAACAAUUUUAUUCAACUUUGCAAGAAAAUAACCGGCCGCCAUUUUGGUUCCCUUUACUUUGCAUCGAGAAAAAAUAUCACCACGCCCUGCCAUUUUUCGCCAUGACCAUGGAUAGCGAUUCGGCUGAAAAGGAAGUGGACAAGAACGCAAGGAAAGGUAUCAUAAGAAAAAUCGCACAGUGUAAAGCGUCGUUGACAAAGGCAGAAAAUUUUAUCCGCACAUUGGAAUCGCCAAUCAACAAGGACGUAGUAUCUGCGCGGCUACAACAACUGCAGGAGGUGCUGCCAAGGCAUGAGCAGCUACUGAUCGAAUUAAGUACUUUGGACGACACCCUUGAUGAAGACUAUUUCGGAAACGACGCGUUCGAGGACCGGUAUUUGGCGAUCGUGGCGAGCCUUCGAGGCCUACUGGCGCCGCAGCCGCCGUCGCCGGCUCCAGCAUCGGGCGCGCAGCAGUCUACAGACGCGUGCGCUACCAGCGUGAGGCUGCCAGAAAUAGACAUUCCUGUGUUUGACGGCAAGGACUACACAAAAUACCACUCGUUCAUCGAACUCUUUAGUGCAGUGAUAGAUAAUAAUUCUAAAUUAGCCGCAAUUCAAAAGCUUUUCUAUCUUAGAAAAUACUUAAAAGGUGAGCCAUUGUCAUUAAUCGAAGGAUUACCCGUCACCGGGGACUCGUAUGGAAAAGCUCUUGAAUUGUUGAGAAAUAGAUAUGACAAUAAGUUUCUAAUUAUCACUAACCAUGUACAAGAGCUGCUAGACUUCAAUCCACUAGUAAAGGGAGCGGCUACCAAUUUAAGAGAGUUAGUGUCACAUGCUCGCCAGCACUUAGGUGCACUGAAAACAUUAGGACAACCGACCGACAGCUGGGACAUGAUAGUUUUACCCAUUUUGUUGCGAAAGGUCGACCAGUUUACUUGCAGAGCCUAUCAUUCGGAGCGUGACACCACAAAGCUGCCCCUACUGGAUGACUUCUUCGCUUUUGUGGAGCGGAGAGCUAGCAGCUUCGAGGAGAGCCAAAGAAGUGAAGGUAAGAGCAACAAUAAUAAUAACACUUACAAAACUAAAGUGUCAAACUAUGCAAGCAAAACUGCCACACAGUCGUGGUCUUGCAAAUAUUGUAGUGAGCAAACACAUAGAUUAUUCAAAUGUGACAAAUUUCUAGCCAUCUCACCAGAGGAAAGGCUCAAUUUCAUUUCACAAAAUAAUUUAUGCAAAAUAUGUUUCAAUUCUCACACAAAUAAAUGUAAAUUUCACUUCAAAUGUGAACAGUGCAAGGACAAAUCGCAUAAUACUCUCUUGCACUGCAAUGAAAAAGUAUCAAUGCACAGUAAUUCUAAUGUUAGCACAAUAUUGCUGCCCACCAUCAAGGCCAAAGUGCUCUGCCGGGAUGGCAAAUCACACAAAGUAGUCCGGGGACUAGUUGACAGUGGCAGCCAAGUGUCAUUUAUGACAGCUGACUUAGCAAAAGCAUUGCAAUUACCGCUAAUUGAUAGCAAUUUAAAUAUCACAGCCUUGGGGAAACAAAACAAAACAACCUCAAAAGCUGUCAAUGCUGAAUUUGUGUCACUUCAAAAUAAUUAUAAGUGCCAAGUUAAUUGUUCCAUAGUGGACCAAAUUACAACCAAGCUGCCACAGCAACAAACAGUCACCUAUGGACUCAAGAGCUCAAGCUACCUGGCCACCAGAUGUCUCCAGGAGUUAGCAGACCGGUUUGGGAGCAAUAUGCCGCUUGCUGCUGAGGUCAUCCGGACAGCCAUGUACGUUGACGAUGCUCUUUUUGGAGCACAGACCAUCGAUGAAGCUCUUGAGGUAAGAGAUCAAUUUAUAGACCUGCUAGGACGUGCCAAUCUGCAGCUGCAUAAAUGGGCUGCAAAUGAUGACCAAUUACUGGCUGGCAUACCAGCUGACAAGCAGCAUUUCGAAGAGCAUGAGCUCGGUAAUGAGGACCUCUCAAUGAAAGCUUUAGGGGUCUCAUUCAAUGUUAGAGAUGAUGUUUUUAAAGUGUCAUGUCCUAUAAAGCGGGUGCAGUCCUGGAAUAAAAGGUCCAUUUUGAGUGUCAUAGGCUCUUUCUUUGACCCCUUAGGGCUCGCUGGGCCAAUAAUAGUUCGAGCAAAGGAAUUUCUACAAAAAGUGUGGAAGGAGAAUCUCGAGUGGGACUCGCCCAUACCAAUGUCAUUGCUUAAGGCCUGGUUAACAUUCUAUGAACAGCUAGAACAAGUGCCUACAAUUUCUGUACAAAGAAACAUAAAUAUAAAUAAUGCGCAGGUAAUACAAUUGCUAGGAUAUUGUGACGCUUCUAGCGUCGCCUACGGCUGCUGCAUAUAUAUAAGGGUUAUUCAAGGCAGCAAAGUAACCACAACACUUUUGUGUUCAAAGUCUAGAAUUGCUCCAGUAAAAAACGCCUUGACUAUACCUAAGCUAGAGUUAAAUGGUGCAGUGUUGCUAGCCAAACUGUAUUGCAAAGUCAAAGCAAUCUAUGCUAAAAUUAACUUCAAUGCUGUACAUUUAUUUUCUGACUCCCAAGUUGUUCUGUGUUGGUUGAAGUCUAGCAGAAAUAAUAUACCGGCUUAUGUCAAAAACAGAAUAAAUUUAAUAAAUUCAAGUACUACAGAAUGUAAAUGGUUUCACAUAGAUGGAGCUUCCAAUCCAGCUGAUUGCUUGUCUCGAGGCUGCAAUCCCCAAGACCUGCCAUCGAACACCUUAUGGUGGCAUGGGCCUCCUCAACUUGACUCACUGGAGUAUGAGCCUUCACCAUCAUUGGCUUCAUGCAACCACUUGCUUUGCGAGAGGGGACCUGCCGAGAGCGAGCAAGCAGCUUGUUUGGUUGUGACACAAGAACCACAAUUGUUUGAAAAAUAUUCUUCAUGGUUCACUAUGCAAAGAAUUGUAGCUUGGAUAUUAAGGUUUAAAUUCAAUUGUUUAAAUAAACAUAAUAAAAUUAAAGGAAAUUUGACUGUAAAAGAAUUGUUAAAUGCUCAAUACAGAAUAAUUUCUAUAACGCAAGGCUUGUAUUUUCCUUCGGAAAUAUCAAAAAUAAAAAAUAAUUUGCCAAUAAAAUCUAAUUUAAAAUCCUUGGCUCCAUUCAUAGAUGGAAAUGGCAUAUUGAGGGUUGGUGGCCGGUUGCAAAACGCCCCAGUGCCAUACACGCAAAAGCAUCCGAUUAUUUUGCCCAAUAAGUGUCAUGUCACGAAUUCAAUUAUUCGAAAUGAACACUGUGUAUUAAUGCAUGCUGGUAUCACCCUCGUAUUAAGUAGUCUGAAACUUAAGUAUUGGAUCAUUAGCGCCGGUCGCGAAGUAAAGAAAAUUAUUAACAAGUGCUUAAAAUGUUACAGGUUUAAGGCUCAAGUAGCCAGCCAGUUUAUGGGAUCCCUGCCCUCCGAUCGCGUCACCGAGAGCCACCCGUUCGACAAGGUUGGAAUCGACUUCUGUGGUCCGUUUCAAGUAAAACAAUCGGGCAUGCGGAGGGCCGUUGUCACCAAAGGCUACACACUGGUAAUUGUUUGCUUCGCCACUAAGGCUGUCCACCUUGAGCUAGUUUCAGACAUGACAACUCAAACAUUCUUAGCAGCCUUAAAAAGAUUCAUUGGCAGACGCGGUAUUCCCGCCAUUAUUAAUUGCGAUAAUGCACAAACGUUUAAAGGAGCCGACAACGUGCUCCACGACUUGUAUAAAUUAGUCAAUUCCAAAAAGCAUCAAUCUCAAGUGAGUGUGGCUGCUGUAGAGAAAGGAAUAACCUUUCGCUACAUCCCCUCCUACUCCCCCAACCACGGAGGCCUCUGGGAGGCCGCCGUUAAGAGUUUUAAGUUCCAUUUCAAAAGAGUGGUGGGGGAGAAUAAAUUCACGUACGAAGAAUUGACCACUAUUUUAUCCGAAAUAGAGGGUAUCCUGAAUUCCAGGCCCCUCACGCCGCUUUCAAGCGACCCUGCAGACCUAACAGCCCUAACCCCAGGACACUUCCUGACUGGUCGUCCACUCAUAUGUAUCCCUGAGCCGGAUCUAACCGAUAUCCCUCUAAAUAGACUAAGAUUCUGGAGGCGCUGUACUCAGGUCAAGCAACAUUUUUGGAAAGCCUGGUACAGCCAAUAUUUAUCGCAGCUAAAUGUUAGAAACAAGUGGAGCAAACAGUUACCAGAUGUGGAAGAAGGCAGUUUAGUUUUACUAAAAGGAGACAACGUUCCCCCGCUGCAGUGGCCCAUGGCGCGAGUGACGCGGGUGUUUCGGGGAAGCGAUGGGAGGGUAAGGGUCGCGGAGCUCAAAACCGCUACUGGUCUAACCCGUAGGUCUAUUAAUAAAAUGUGUAUCCUUCCCAUAGAUUAUUAAGUAACAAGCCAUUUUAAAACUGUUAAAUAAUUUUUAACCAUAGGUUUUUAAGCAAAUGUUAACUUGUAGUUAUGACAUGCGAAUUUUAUUAAAUAUUUAUGGCAAUUUUGAGUCUGUAAACUGUGAUAACUAAGUAGUAAUAUGUAUAGGGUGUUACUUAAACUUAAGAAUAAAGAUUUAAUUAAGAUAUAACUUCAAUUGUAUCAUGCAAGUCAUUACUAAUGUAACUUCAUGACUAUUACUGUAACUGCAUAACUAUUAACGUAACUGCAUAACUAUUAAUGUAACUGCAUAGCUAUUUUUGUAACCUUUUGCCCGGGAGAAUGUCCACAUCCGUAGAUGUAAACACGGCUUAAUUUCAUACUGAAUGUGUCUAAUGUGUCUAUGCCUUAUUUUUAUGGUUAAUGUUGGCAACACUAAAUUUUAUAUCUCUCUUCCUCAUCACACUCUCACCAACUCGUACUGGUUUUUGUAAAUAUUGUGUUUUUAUAAAUAAAAGUCAAGAUUAAAGUACAAAAUCUUAUUAUUUGUAUGUUC